AUGACUACCCUGAUCAGCUUCGAUGUGGAUGGCACUUUGAUUCACUCAGUGGGCCAGCGCGCCAACUUCCUCCACAAGCAGGCCUUCUCCGCCGCCUUCAAACAGGUGUUUGAGCUUGACACACACAUCGACGUGGUGAAGCACCAUGGCAGCACCGACGCGCUCAUCCUGCUGCACGUGCUGGUGCACCACGGGGUGCCGCUGGAGGAGGCGGUGGCCAAGCUGCCGCAGCUCAAGCAGGCCAUGGUGGACCACUUCCUGGCCAACAAGCAGCAGGCGGGGGAGGGCCUGGAGCUGCUGCCAGGCGUGCUGCCGCUUCUGGAGGCGCUGGCGGCGCGGCCCGACGUGGCAGUGUGCCUGGUCACAGGCAACCUGGAGCCCAUUGGCUGGUGCAAGAUGGAUGCGCUGGGCGUGCGCCACCUGUUCACCCAGCCCAACUUUGGCGGCUUCUCCACAGACUUCUGCAACCCCGACAACGUGGGGCAGAGCUGGAAAGACCGCGCCGAGUUUGUGCGCAUUGCGGCGCGCAAGCUGGAGCUGCAGCAGCCAGAGCUUGACGUCAAGGCACGGUUCCACGUGGGCGAUGCCCCCAUGGAUGUGCAGGCGGCGGUGGGUGGCGGCGCGCAGGCGGUGGGCGUGUGCACCGGCAUUUACACGAGGCAGGAACUGAGCGAGGCGGCACCAGGGGCGGUGGUGCUGGAGGAUCUGCAAGACUUGGGCGCUGUGCUGGAAACUUUUGGGCUCAGCUGA